AGUCCGGUGGAGCCUCAGGCCGUCCAGUUGAUAUCUGGCCAAAUGACGCUGUUGUGGAGAAACAAAGGACGAAAAGGGACAAGAAUGGAAGACAAAGAAAAUGCGACUAGACCUCUAAGUGCAAGUCGAUGCGCCAAAUGCCCACGAUGUCUUCAUCCACGUCGCGAUCGUUUCCACCAUUGGUUGUGCUUGCAUUUCGCAUUACUCAAUACCAAACACCGACUGCGCUUACUCCCGGCUAGAACUCUCUCUCUUCUUCAUCCCCAGUCUUAUCUCUGUCGCGGUCUGAUUCCCCGCAUUAUUCUGCAUUAUUCUGAUUAUUAUAAUUCAAUUACCAGGGAUUAUUCAUUCCUCUCUGUUCUCUACUUCCAUUGACGAGCCUGUCUCGUGAAGAAGGGUCCCCCCUAUUAGUGCGGGGUAUACGAAUAGCUUCCCGACGCGUCGUGCGGCGAGUAUGUCGAGACCCCGUCGAACCAGGAGAUCAGAUCACCCUGUGUCCGUGUCGUCAUCGUCGGUGUCUGACUCCUCCGACCUGGAUUCGAUCUCUCCGUCGCCAACCGCAUCCCUUAAAUCGUCAGAUUCCUUCGUGUCCGCAGCGUCAUCGUCCACGGCCUCCAAUGUCUUCCUCUUCCUCGUCGCGUUUCGGCUGCUGAACGCCCUCUCCGUCCGAACCUUCUUUCAACCCGAUGAAUUCUUUCAGUCCCUCGAACCCGCCUGGCAGAUCGCGUUUGGAAAGGAUCAGGGCGCGUGGAUCACCUGGGAAUGGAGGCAUCAGCUGAGAUCGUCCAUCCAUCCGCUGCUGUUUGCCGCUGUGUACAAGGUCGCCGAUCUCCUCGCCCUCGCCCUUCGCCUGGCACCCGCAACACGUGCCGACUUGCUGGUGGCGGCGCCCAAGUGCGCUCAGGCCGUUUUCGCUGCUCUCGCCGAUUGGUAUACAUGGAAGCUCGCUGGGUUGGUGUAUGGUCGUCGCAGUCGUGAAGCCUGGGUUACGCUGGCAUUGACGGUCGUCAGUCCCUGGCAAUGGUUCUGCUCCACCAGGACGCUGUCCAAUUGCCUUGAAACCACGUUGACCGUGGUCGCGCUCAAUUCGUGGCCCUGGAAGUGGUCGGUCGAUAACGUUCCCCACGAUUAUGGUUCGCAUGCUGGGAGUCUACGCCGCUGCCUCUGGCUGGCCGCAUUGGCCUGUAUCCUGCGACCGACCAACGUCUUGGUCUGGAUGACCCUGGCCAGCGUCGCGUGGUUCCGGAGUACGUGGACCGGACGGAAAGUCCUCGCGCGAGAGGCGCUACUUUGCGGGUCGAGCACCCUCGCUCUGUCGGCGGUGGUGGAUCGUCUCUUCUACGGGGUCUGGACCUUUCCACCCCUCAAGUUCCUGUACUUCAACGUGGCGCAGUCGUUGGCCGCCUUCUACGGGAGAAAUGACUGGCACUAUUACAUCUCCCAGGGCUUCCCGCUCCUUUUGACCACAGCGCUGCCCUUCGCGGCCGUCGGCCUGUAUCGCGCAUUGAGACCGUCCGCCGCCACCGGAUCGCAACGGACCAUGCAGGGGCAACUGGCUGCGAUAUGCCUGGUGAUGCCGCUGGCGCUGUCCUUGAUUUCCCACAAGGAAGUUCGGUUCAUCUACCCCUUGCUCCCGGCGCUGCAUGUUCUGACUGCACCUUCCCUCGUGACCUUCUUUGCGCCCGCGGUAUCCCGAUCCCAUGCGGCCUACACGCCGAGACGGCUGACUUUGAUGUUUCUCUUGCUGGCGAACGUGGUCAUCGCGUUGUACACCACCCUCUAUCACGCAUCGGGGACCCCCAGCGUCCUGUCCUAUCUCCGGGAACAGCAGCAAGCGCACGCUCCCGUUGACAAGUCGGCUGCGAAAUCGGGGACCGGCAUCAGCGCAGGAUUCCUCAUGCCCUGCCAUAGCACGCCCUGGCGCUCUCAUCUGGUCCACCCGAACAUUCACGCGUGGGCGCUGUCCUGCGAGCCGCCGGUCGGCCUGGACGAGGCCCAGAAGGCAGUCUACGUGGACGAGGCGGACCAGUUCUACGACGACGCGAGUCAGUUCUUGCGCAGCCAUAUGGGUGGUGGACUCCACCAUGUACCCCGCCGACCAUCCUACCAGGACUCCUCCCGGCCGUCCGCGGCUUCGCCCACCGUCCACGACUGGCCGGAUUACCUCGUCUUCUUUGCCCAGCUAGAACCGACGCUGAAGUCGACCCUCCGGAGCUCCUCGUACGGCGAAUGCUGGCGCACCUUCAACACGGCUUGGCACGAUGACUGGCGCCGUCGGGGGGACAUCGUCGUGUGGUGUCUGGACCCCGCGGAGCAGCAGGCUUGGCGGUCCCAGACGCAUCAGCGCGAAGUCGAAGCGCGCGAUCGCCAAUUCGACCGCGUGGUGAAGAAUUUCCAGCGCGAGGCCCACGCACUGCGAAAGCAGUCCUCCUCGAGCCGGUGGGCGCUGCCCCGGCCCUCCAUGCCCCGCGUCUCGUGGCCGCCCGUGUGGCCGUGGAGCCAGCCGAAGCGGAAAACCUGGCUGGGCAUCGAGCUGCCCGAGUCACGGUGGACUAGCAGCCCAUCUGGGAAUUGGGACUGGGCCAAAGUCUGGAGGAAAAAGGCAAAGAAGGUCGUGGAUCGAAAGUUAUGGGCUUGACAUGUCUUUCCCUAGUUUCAUUCCUUUCGGCUCUUGUCUUUCUACUGCCUUUUAUUUGAUUGAUUCGUCCAGGAUAUCUCGUUUGCGCGUUUGGCGAUUUGCUUGACCAGCGUUCCAGCUGAGGUGCGCCCACAGGUUGGAUCUG